AUGUAUCCCUUAAAUCAUAAGUUUAGUGAUCAUGAAUUACAAGCAUGGAAUACAAUGCUAAGAGCUGUGGGUUGUACAAAUAUCACUCCUUUCAGUAAUAAAAUUUCACCUAACUUAUUAGAAAUAUUUGGUUCACUAUACACUCCUCCUUAUCAGUCUGCUAAUGAUGACGAUACAUUAGGAUUUGAAAAAAAAUCACUUCCUCAUAAUAUUGAUAAAUCAGUAACGGUAACUAUAACUAAUGAUAAAAUUGCUUUAUGA